AGGAUGGUCACAGUGAUACCAAAAAUAAUAAGUUCUCCAUAUCCUCGGACACGCCUACCACUGUACCUCUACACUGUUUCCAUCAUUAUUUCCUGCUCUUUAUUAUACUGGAAUCUUCUUUACUGCAAAAAUUAUGACUGUGUCGUUGAGAAGGAAUUUCGAUGGGGAAGUACUCGGCACUUACUACAGUACUUUCCGGUGAUAGCAGCUCCGAUUAUAAUGGUAAUAUCGUUUUCUUGGUUAAUAAUUGCAAUAUAUUAUUCAAGUAGUUCAUGUGUUCUUACAUUCAAUUUUAUGGAAAUGCCAUCUGCAGUACUUUGUUCUCUACUUGGUGGUAUUAGUUCUGUAAUAGAAAUUCAUUUUUCCAUUGAAGUAAAUCAAGUUCAAUGGACUGAUCAGUGGUUACUGUCAUCUGGAUCUUCAAUACUUUUAUGCCUUUUACAUGCUACAAUUGCGUUCACACUUCAAUAAUCCUUCCAACAUAUUUGAAUUUCCAAUCUUCUUCAAAUCGAUGUGAAAAAACUUGUAUCAUUGUUUUUAUCAAAUAUGAAACAUUUUAUAGGAAUCAAAAAUAUUAUGUGAACUGUGAUAUUUACUCUUGCUCAAUUCAUUUCAUGUAAAUAUUAUUUUGAUAC